CAGCGCGUGUCGGCGGCAGCGCGUGUCGGCGGCGCGGCCGUCACUUCGCCUCGGCUGAGGGUGCGGAGGCCCGGGUUGGCGCCAUGAUGUCGCUGCUGAACACGGAGUGGGAGAAGGAGCAUCUCUGGCUCUACCUCCUGGCCCUGGGCUUCAACCCGGAGGUCGCCUGUGGGUUGAUCGGCAGCAACUGCCAGCUGGGAGUGGACAUGUUUGAUGCUCCGAACAACAUCGCUUUUGGUAUUGUUGCACUCUUCUUGUUCAGUAAACUGAAUCCGUCACGUGUAGUAGAAAUGUUCAGAGACUGUUCCUUUCCAGCAGACAAAAAAGCAGAUCUUGAAUUUAGGAAACGAUGCUGUAUCUGGCUAAAAGAGAUUGCAGAUGAAUGUGGAAGCAGUUUUCCCCAAAUCGUGACAUCUUUAUUUCUUUUUCCUGGUGGUCCUAAAUUUAUUCAUCUAAUGUAUCAGUUUGCAAGAUAUGUAGUGAUUCAGGACAUGAAAGUGAACUCUGUAGGCACUGGUAUACCUUUUGCUGAAGCUGCAGGCUUAGGACAUGAGGAUCUGUACAAGGCAAAAGCAAGAUGCAGAGUGGCAUAUAAUAAACUUCUGCAAAUUAUUCAAAAGGAAAAUUUUAUAAUUCAAGAAUAUAAGAAAAAAGCACAGUUGCUAAUUAAAGAGAUAAUGCAGCUAAGAAUUGAAUAUGAAGACAUGCAGAUGCAGUUUUCGAAGAUGAAACAAAAUGACCAAAGCAAAAUUGACAAAAAUGAGAGAAUUCAAAAGAUCCGUGGUAUGUGGACGUUUAUAAUGGAUACCCUUGCAUCUUUGGAAAAGGAAAAGGAGUUUGUAAAUUCUGUUCUUGAAGGUUGUACUGACCAGUAUACUUUAGAUGGAACUAAUGUUAAUGUCAGUGUUCCACAGGUGUUGACUGAGAAAAUCGAGAGUGAGACAUAUAAGUUGGGCAUAGGAGACAUACAUGAAGCGGAAAAACUGAAUUUCUUAACAGUCAUUAAGUUGUUAAAUGAAGCCCUGAAGAUCUUUAGAAAUGAAGCCCAUCAACUUGAAUUAAAACCGUAUCUUCAGGAUAUUGAGAAUAAGACUGAAUUCCAAAAUAAAAUACUGCGGGAUUUGAAAACAAAGAGCCAAAAAAUAGAGCAAGAACAUUCUGUGUCAGUCAGUGAAUCUGCUGCUGAAAUACAAAAGGAAUGGCAAGUGAAGUGGAAAACCUAUGUUGGUCACUCUCCUUUUUGUUUAACUACAGAUCAGAAUCCAGAACUUGAUUUGUUACCACCCAUGGCACCCCUUUCUUUUCUUCCUGCAUCAGAAGAAGCUUAUGAGAAUAGUGUCUUCUGUCAACAUCCAGUAUCAGUUUCAGAUAUUUUUGAAUCAAUUAGUGAUACAAGUUAUGAGGAAGAUGAUGAGACACCAGAUAAUGUGAUGGUUAAGUCAGUACUAACAACAGAAAGAAGGUUCUCCUCAGCAUCUUUGGAGUUGACAAACGCAUCUGAAAACAGCAACGAGUUACUUGAAAAGGACUUGCAUACUGAAACUUGCAAUUGGAAAGAACAGCUUGUCUCUCCAAAUAUUUUAAAAUGCGGAAAGCAUGAGCCUACCAUUGUAGAAGCAUGGGAGAAUACAGAUGCUCAUGUUAUCCAGAGAGAGAGUCCUGUCAGAAAAGAAGACGCUCUGGAGAAAGCCCGAGAACAGCUGUCAGAAGAGGUUGCAAAAGCAGUGAUAUCUCACUCGCCACUGAGUUGUGGAGAAAAAGGAAUGGAACUGGAAGAUCUCAUUAGCUCACUCGCUUUUAACCCAUUUAUCACAAGAAAACAAAUUCCCAGAACUCCGGAAAAUCUACUUACUGAAAUUAGAAGCUCGUGGAGAAAAGCUAUUCAGACUGAGGACUCAUCAGAUGUAGAGAUAGCCUCAUCCGAAAUAAUGACGACAGAAGCUCCAGAGGAUGCUACUACUGUAAUACAGAGUAAGAUUGACUCUAGCUUAGCCUGUUCUACCUCUUCAUCUCCUGUGUCUGACUUGGACUUCCUUUCUGAAGGAGAGUCACAAUUAAGCCAUAUAAAAUUUACACCUCAAAAGCAGGUGAAGAUGAAUCAUAUCAACAGAUCUGCACUUAAGAAAACAACGGGAGUAUCAGAGGGUGAGAGAACUGAGAAACAGGAGUUAGAAAGUACAGUUUUGAACAAAAAUUUUGUGGAAAGUCCAGAAGCAACUCCAUAUGUAGAAAAAAGCAUGAAUACUCAAGAUAGGAAUCCUGAAGGUGGUCUGGGGAUAGAACAACUGUUCUCCCCUUGUUUGCUAAAUAAGUAUGUGGAUAGAAUUCAGCAGUGGGAUUCAGUUCCAAUGGUAAAUUCUAAAAGUCAUGAAGCUUCCGAGUUUGGGAUGUUGCAUGAGAAUCUCUCAGAACUUGGUAAUGUAAAUCGUGAUGAAUCUGUAAGCUCAGAGACUAACUUUGAUACACUGGACAGCAAGUAUUUACCAAGUAGCAAAACAAAUAAAGGAGAUGCUCAGAUAGACUUGGAGUCUGUUCUCAGCAGAUAUGAAACACUGAAAAAAACUCUAUCUGGAAAUGAAAAGGAAGUGCUUCAGACAUUUAUUGCAGAUGAAUCUCUGAGUUCUAGCUCAGAGCUAGAUCUUACACUAAAAAAUGCAGAAAGAGGUGAACUUUCUCCAGAAAAACCAUUCUGCUUGGAUGACGACUUUCUCAAAAUACUAUCACCAAUAUCACCAUCUUUUUCCGAAAGAAAACAAUCCCUGUCACCUUUGCUGAUGUUCUCUCAAGAUCUAGAGGAAAUGGCAUCAAUGAUAAACAAAAGCCCUGUGGACUUCCUUUAUAAAUUGAAGAACAAAGAGCAGUCAAAUGAGAAGCUGGACACAAAGGAACCAUCAUCGUGACAGAAUCUGUAAAGGUGGAGCAGAACCAUAGUAGAAUGGUAGUUCACUAGUAGAAUUGUGGUUCAUUUGAGCGUAUAGCAUCUUUAAAUGCUGCUCAGGCAGGCUGUGCUCUUCCCUGUUUCCCGUGGAAACUGUAUUCCAGAUUCCUCAUUCAAGAAUGUCGGUUGCCUGCUCUGGUUCCUCCAAUUUCAUUUCAUCCAUAGUGACAUUAUAUGUGUAGACUCUUACUUGUAUUCAGAAUGGUAUAUUCCUUCAUGUAGAUAGCUUUGAAAGUAUCGUGUCAAGGACUAUGGCUGAACAUGGCCUAAAUCUAAAAAAGGGAAUGCAGUAGGUCUCAAACAGGAAAGAAUGAAACUUUCAAUGUCUGUGUCUUACCCUUGAAAAUGUGUUUAGUCCACUACAUUGUGUGGAUUAUUCUCUCCCACCGAGACUUCUGGUCAAAUAUUUUCGUCAGUUUUUGCUUUGGUAAGGACCACUCUUCUCAUAACCUUCCACUUUAGUGCAUAUUUCUUUACAUUUAUUGCUACUGAAUAAAGUUGGUAGUUUUCAAUUAAAAUUCUAGAAGUGACUUGUAUUAAUGCUUUAUCAAUUUCUCAGUUUACAUUAGCUAAUAUAGAUUUGUGUAGAUGUGUGCAUUAUAUACAUUUAUACAUGUAUACAUUUAUGAUGUCUUGCUAUGAAAUGACUAACAAUACAACAAAAAAAGCAGUUGUAAAAAAUCUAAGUUCCAGUAGACAGCCUUCCUUCUGGAAGAGUUGCCUCAUCUAUUAUGAUAUCUCUGCUCAAAAGCAGAUGAUUGUGUAGUGCAUCUAGGACAGAUAUUUGUACCUUUUAUUACAUAAAUCUGUCACCUAAUAA